UUGCACGGAUGAGAGGAAAAGAAUAACGUCUCGUAUUUGAAAAGGCGAUUAUAGGGAGCGAAUUGCAUAGCGGGUGGGUUCGAAAAUGCACUAUGACUCAGGGGGACGAAUACGAUGAAGAAGGGAACAGGUUUCUUCAAAUACAAUAGCUUACUACUCUCGGUUUGAAAAGGGGGUACAUAUGAUAUUGACUGUCGGAUUCAUAAGCGAUGUAAAACCUUCGCAACGGGGAAGUUGAGGUCAUCAUUACUCAAUUACAGAAGCUCAAUGAUACGUUGCUUAAACUAUUCCGACUCAAGGCAAGAUGGCUUCGUAUAUCAUCCAUAUUCUACUUUACAUGUGUCUUAACCUGAGACUGAGAUUUGUUGUUGGCCAAGAUUACACCUAUCUUGGAUGUUUCUAUGACAACAACAGAAGAGAAGCUUUGCCGGAUCUGAUUUACUGUGAUAGAGAUACAUACCCUUACGAUUCAUGUCAGAAUACAUGUGGACCACAAGCUCAGUACUGUCAAUCUCAAGAGAUGACAAUUGAACUAUGCAGAGAUAUUUGUGCUGAUCAGAACAUGAGAUACUUUGGACUUCAAGCAGGCGCACAGUGCCUUUGUGGUGGAUUCUUUGCACCUUAUGAAGUUCUUGGCCAACCAGAUGGCAAUGAUACAUGUAACAGACCAUGUGCAGGAAAUUCAAGUCAAUUGUGUGGAACAGAUUUUCAAGCUAGCGUCUAUCAAAUAAAUGAAUCACCAUCAGACUGUUUUAACCCAGGAUACGUUUUAAACGGUGACCAAUCACAGCAGGAUAGUUCUUUUUACAACGCAAGUGACGUCAUCGACUUCGCCCCCGUCUGUCCACCACCAAGUAUCAAGAAUGGCGCCACAUCUAUCACGUGUACUGCAUCCGGGAACUGGACAAACCCUCCUCCUAACUGUACGGUCAGGUGUGCCACGCCCACUGCACCCGUGCAAGCUAGUUUCAGCCCAUGGCAGACAUUGAAUAACAACUACGCAGUCGAUGAUGAAGUCUUCUUUGAUUGUGAUAUGGAUCCUUCGAGGACGAAUCAAACAUUGACCUGUGGUUACUAUGGCGACUGGGAGACCUUUGGCCCGGAUUGUCCAGAAACCCCGCCAACGACUGAUGGAUCUACAACCACUAAUGUUACAGCUACAACUCCAACAACUGUUUCAUCAACAGCAUCUGUAAAUGAUUCAACAUCUUCUACAACAAAUGAAACAACAACUUUAGGAGGGCCCCCAACAACAGACUCGACCACAAUGUCCGUCUCAACAGCACCCACGUCGACAGACCAAACCACCUCGACAUCGUCCUCACCAAGUGCCUCACCAUCGAGCCCGUCACCAUCAAUGACUGACGACAGCACAACCCGACAGCCGAUCACGAUGACGUCAUCACCAGGCGGGCAAGACCCAUCCACACCCGUUGUUACAGAUGGCGGUGGUGGAUCAACAACUGUCAACAGAGAUAUAUUAACAGGAGAUGAUAUGAAUCUCGUACCAAUCAUCGUUGGAGUAGCAGCUGCUUUCCUCGUGAUCAUCCUCAUUAUCAUUGUCGUAUCCGUUUAUUGCUCAAGGAAAGGAAGGCAAAAGACGAAGAAGAUACCCUUUGACCCAGCCCUGGGAGCCAGUUUUGGAAACCCCGCAUUCGAAGAAGACGAGGAGGCCGAGACGGCGCGACGUGGUUUCGUGCAGGAGAACGACUACGGUGACAGGCAGACAUACGACAUCGGUGUAUCCGACUACGCCAUGGCGAAUGACGAGGUCGACAGGGCUCCACCCGAUGGGAAGGAUUCGUCAGUCUUCCUUCCCGACAACGGAACGGAGGACGUGACCUACGCGGUGGUGAACAAAAACAGACAAGGUAGCGUAACGAGUUUUAAGCCGGACGACCACAGGGUUUCAUGGGCUACUUUACCGCAGAAUCAAAGCAAUGGAGUUAGCGAUGCCUAUUACACAGACCCUAACAACCAAGUAGCAACGCCUUUGUAAACGAUGACGUCACAGAGGACAUUAAUUGAUAACCAAAUGGUGCCUAAUUAUAGGGGAAGUCGAGAUAUAGGCCUAUAUUUGUGGGGAAAAAAUCAUCUUACAUUUCUGAAAUAAAGAUGGAUUGAAUUGAUUUUUAAAACAGGGUUCCUCCUGCGAAAUUAUUUUUAUAUGUGUUUUUUUAGAAAUGAUAUUGCAUUGUAUUGCCAAAAUUGUUUGAUAAUUAAAAUAAAAAUAUGUUCCUCUAAUAUGACGAACAUGUUUCUUUAUUACUUGUCAUGAUGUUAUAGACAUUGUAUUUGCCUAACGUGUUGCUGAUUUUUCGUUCGCCCAUAUGCAUUGAUAAAUGAUAUGGGAUGAAAAUCGGUAUCACCAACAUGACCAACAAGAGAGCUGAAGAUUGUCAUAUUUUUUAUACUAUGUGUAUUUUCUAUUAAUAAACCGACUGGUAUGCCCUAUUUAGAGCAGUAUUUAUACAAUCGAACGUGAUUUAAGUGUUACCUAAUAUUUGUUUUAACGGGUGUAAUGCAUAUCCUCUUUUGGGUAGUCAGAGUACGUAAGGUAACACGCAUCCCUAUCGUUGGAUAUUGCACAUAAUGCGCUAAUGAGAAAUUAAGAUGACGCAAACGCGAUUUAUUUCUUGUAGUUCAUGUCGUACAUUUGAUCUCUCUGGGUAGUUGAGUCCAUAAAGAAUGGAUUCAACUUUGAAAUAGUAUGUCAGGAUCGAUUCAGGUGAUUUCAGUAAAAGUUGUCAUGUUUGUUACACACAAUGAAAGGUGUGUAAAAUUGUGCCGUGUAACGUCAGUUGCCGUGAAAAUGCCCAAUUGCCUUUUUUCAGAAGCCGCCUUAGAAAUCAAGUAAUGAUAUUUAUUGAUAUUGUAAUCAACGUUCUAUUCAUUUAGAUACUGUAGCUACUCUCUCUCUCUCUCUUUCUCCCUCUCCCCCUUUCCCUCUUUCUGCCUCUGCCUCUCUGUUCUUCCCAGGGGGAGGGGUGGUGGCGUGUGGAACAAGUUACACCAUUACUACUCUUUUUUAGAAUGCGAUUGGCUAUUAAGGAGCGAGGUUAAAAGGAAUAGGUACCAUGUCUAGAAUUAGUAUUUAUACUAUAAUUAUGAAGUUGUUUAUUGAGUACCUGAAUUCAUUUCAUUGUAAAAGAGUUGCUCUACGUACAAUACAAUGUAUUGACCCCUGAAUAUAAGAAUAACGAUAAUUAAAAAAAAUAUAUUGAUAAUGAUGAUUAAUGAAAUUAACAAUGAACAAAUGGAAAUUAUAAAAUUUAAUACAUAAAUAAACAAAUGAAUACGCGAAUAAAACUUAAAUAAUGAAUACCUAAUUCGUGAUUAUAAAUAGAAUGCUCAAGAACGGCAAAUUAUCAAAAUAAUGAGAAAAACUUGCAAGUAUACAAAACAAUAUUUUAGGAGAAUAAAAAGACACACUAAAAUUUGUCUUUUGUUUUCUUUCAGACGCAGUGGAACCGUAGAAUAGUCUGAAAGUCCACCAAACGGUAAAAAAAAAAGCUAGUAUGCAAAUACUUUUCAUGAAACUCCUGGGGGCUCAGCCCUGCGUCUAAUAAUUAUGUCCUUAUUAUUCUCUAACAUUAAGACAACGUGCCCAUCAUAAAUAUUCAGGGAGAGCAAAUAUAGAAUUAUUAACUUCAGCAUUUCAAAUAAUGAUCAUCCUAACUAUAAAUCAUGUUUGUUUCGUUUUUCAUCCCUUAGCUCAUCCAUUUAUUCUCUCUAGCUAUUUAUUUAUUCAUUUGUAUAUCUAUCUUUCCCACAUCGAAGCAUGUAUCUAUCCAUUCAAUUAUAUCUAUCUACCUAUCUAUAUAUCUUUCUAUCUAUCUAUUGUAUCUACAUAUUCCAGUCUCUAUCCAUCUACCCAAUCCCCUCUCUCCCUCUCUUAUCAAUCUUUCUAUCCACCUAUCCCCAUCUAUGUGUGUUUUUAUCCCAAUCUAUCCCUCUCUCCCUCUGCCUCUCUCCCUCUCUUUCUCUCCCUCAUUCCAUCUCUUUC